AGUUCUUGUUCUCAAGUCACUCAAGACUGGAACAAGGAUGUUCCUCCGCACUGCAUUCCUCUUCGCCAGCACCUGCCUCGCAAGUGCACUCAGCUCCUCUGCUGCAGCACUUACCAACGGCCAUGACUUGUCUUCUGUCGCUCUGAUGGAGGCCAUCCAUGGCGCCCAAUGGAUUGACACCGACGGUAACACGACCACAAUCGAAAGUAUCUUCAGCGAGGGAGGCAUGGACGCUGUCCGGCUUCGCAUCUGGACGGCUGGCGAGUACGAUCUCAACUACACGUUGGCUUUGGCUCAGCGAUUCUCCAAGGCCGGCUUCAAAAUCUACCUCGACAUGCAUUUCUCGGACACUUGGGCAGAUCCGCAUCACCAAAACAUCCCAGCAGCAUGGGAUAACUCGUCAGUUGCAACACUAGCCGCCGACCUUCAAGCAUACGUGACGUCGACGUUGCAGGCCUUCACAGACGGAGGGAUCGACCUCGACAUCUUGUCGCUUGGCAAUGAGAUCACGAUCGGUUUCUUGUGGCCUACAGGGAAGCUUACAACCGGUGACUUCAACGACUUUGCUACACUUUGGAAGGCGGCGCGCCAAGGCGUGACGGAUGCCGUUGCUGCUGGAACCAAGAAGCCGGAGAUCAUGAUUCAUGUAGACAACGGGUGGAAUUAUACGUACGUGUCGGACUUUUUUACGGGUCUCUUCGCCAACGGGACCGUGACCCCCGACGAUGUCGAUUCGUUCGGUUUCUCGUUCUACCCAUUCUACGGCGUGGAAGCUACGAUCGAUGCACUUAACUCGUCGCUUACUCAAGUUGCCAAGGACUACAAUAAACCACUCUACGUGGCGGAGACGGACUGGCCUGUUGCAUGCGAGAAUGUCACGCUGAGUGCCGACUACCCGGUCAGCGCAGAGGGGCAAACGCAGUGGGUGACUGCUAUCAAGGACGUGUUGGAAGGUCUGCCGAAUGGUUUGGGCUCAGGUAUUUUUUACUGGGAGCCUGCAUAUCUGUCGGUGGCAAGCCUGGGAAGUUCGUGCCAAUCGGCGCUUCUCUUUGAUGUGAAUUGGAGCAACUGGCCGACCACCUACGCAACAGCGCUUUCGUCCGUUAAUAUGUUUGCCAACAUGUAAGUUGUAAAGU